AUGGAGUCCUCUUCUGAUUACCGCAAAACUGAAAACGGAGGAACCUCAAGCUCAAAUGUUCCUGCUAAUGGGGAUAUAUCUGGACGAGUUGUAUUUGGUACUGGUGAGAUUGAAGGCAAGCGGCUAGCGUAUUUAGUGGAGUGGUUAAAUAGUUUACUUCCUGAUUUGGAUUUACCAGCAACUGCUUCAGAUGAGGACUUAAGAUCAUUCUUGAUUGAUGGCACCAUCUUGUGUCGGAUAUUGAAUAGGCUUAGACCUUGUUCUGUAGAAGAGGUUAAUAGAUCUGAUCAGAACUCAGUGCCAAGCACAGAAAAUGUAGCAAGGUUCUUGGCUGCUGCUGAUUCAUUAGGCCUGCCUCGGUUUAAUAUGGUGGACCUAGAGAAGGGAUCUAUGAAGACUGUUAUAGAUUGUCUUUUAACACUUAGAACACGACUUGGAAGUGUUUCAGCAGAUGGUUUUUCUUUGUUUAGUCCAACUAGUAAUUAUGACAGCCCUCGUAGGGAUAUAUCUUCCCGCGGAUUUGGUUCUCCGUUAUCUAUAGAAGAGAGGCAGAAGGUCUUGUCUGAAUCAAAAUUUCAACGUGCAUUGCGUAGUCCUGUUAUGUCAGAGCCAUCAACAGGGCUAAUGCAUCAUGUUGGACAUAAGUUCCAUGAGGUAUUUCAGUUUAAACAAGGACGCUACGCAGAUCUUCCUGCUGCAAAGAUCUCAGAAAUGAUGAAAUCCAACAGUUUAGAUAAUGCUCCGACUCAGUCACUAUUGAGCGUUGUAAAUGGAAUUCUUGAUGAAAGCGUUGAAAGAAAUAAUAGUGAAAUACCUCAUCGUGUGGCUUGUCUACUGAGAAAAGUAGUCCAGGAGAUUGAGCGUCGCAUAUCAACUCAAGCAGAACAUUUAAGAACUCAAAACAAUGUUUUCAAGGCUCGUGAAGAGAAGUACCAGUCACGAAUCAGAGUACUUGAAGCCCUUGCAUCUGGAACUAAUGAGGAAAGUGAGCUAUUCAGGAGCCAUCUUCAGCAAAUAAAGAAUGAGAGGACCAAAAUCGAAGAAAAAAAGAAAACUGGUGAUGAGGAUGUGAUCAGAUUGAAGAAAGAGAAGGAGCAUUGCAACCUAGAAAUUUCAGGACUGAAGCAAGAGCUGGAUAUAGCCAAAAAGACAUUUGAUUUGCGUUACUUGCAAAUGGAAACAGACGCAAAAGGUGUUAAAGCAGCACUUGAAGAAAAGGUAAAAGAACUCGAACGCAACUUGGCAGAUUCAAGAAAUAAGGUGAAAGAGUUGGAGGAGAACUCUGAAUCAAAACAUCAGGUUUCUAACGAAACCUUAAAGCUUGAGUUUUAUAAGGAAAAUUUAAAGCUUGAAGAAAAGGUAAAAGAACUCGAACGCCUCUUGGAAGCCUCAAGGAAUAAAAUGAAAGAGCUAGAGGAAAGUUCAGAGUCAAAAUAUCAGUUUUCUCAAGGAAAACUUGAAGAACGGGUAAAGGAACUUGAAAAUCUCUUGGCAGAUUCAAGGAAAAAGGAGAAAGAGCUUGAGGCAAACUCUGAGUCAAAAUGUCAGAGUUGGAUCAAGAAAGAGCGUGUUUACCAUAGGUUUAUGGAAGUUCAACUUGGUUCUUUGAAGGAAUUGAGGUUAUCUUCAGUGUCCAUUAAGCAAGAAAUAAUGAAAGCAGAACAAAGCUCCACGAGUGAAUUUGAUCAUUUAGGAGUGAAACUUCAAUCAUUAGCAGAUGCAGCUGAGAACUAUCAUUCUAUUUUGGCUGAAAAUAGAAAGCUGUUUAAUGAAAUUCAGGAUUUAAAAGGAAACAUCAGAGUAUAUUGCCGAAUAAGACCCUUUCUGCCUGGACAGAAGGAUAAAAGAACAUUGGUAGAACAAAUUGGUGACAAUGGGGAAUUGGUAGUUGCAGACCACUCCAAACCAGGGAAAGAUGGUCAUCGAUUGUUCAAGUUUAAUAAGGUCUAUGGUUCAGAUGCAACUCAAGCUCAAGUAUACACUGAUACUCAACCGUUUAUACGAUCUGUACUUGACGGAUAUAACGUUUGUAUCUUUGCUUAUGGUCAAACUGGAUCUGGAAAAACCUACACAAUGACUGGUCCUAACAAAGCAACUAAGGAGAACUGGGGGGUCAACUAUCGUGCCUUAAAUGAUCUCUUUGAUAUCUCACAGAAACGAAAGUCCUCCAUUUUGUAUGAAAUUGGUGUUCAAAUGAUUGAAAUAUACAAUGAACAAGUGCGCGAUUUGUUAUCAAGUGAUGGUACUCCGAAAAAAACACUCGGGAUUAUGACCCAUUCUCAACCCAAUGGGUUAGCUGUGCCGGAUGCUACUAUGCGCCCUGUCAAUUCAACCUCAGAUGUCAUGAGAUUAAUGGAUAUCGGAUUUAAGAAUCGAGCUGUUAGUGCCACAGCCCUCAACGAAAGAAGUAGUCGCUCUCAUAGUGUUCUUACAGUUCAUGUACGAGGGACAGAUUUGAAGACUAGUACUGCUUUGGUUGGUAAUCUUCAUCUUGUAGAUUUGGCAGGAAGUGAAAGGGUAGAUCGCUCUGAGGUAACUGGAGAUAGACUCAAGGAAGCACAGCAUAUAAACAAAUCAUUAUCUGCACUUGGAGAUGUCAUAUUUUCUCUUGCACAGAAAAGCCCUCAUGUACCAUACAGAAAUAGCAAGCUUACUCAAGUCCUUCAAAGCUCUCUUGGUGGACAAGCAAAAACACUUAUGUUUGUGCAGCUUAAUCCUGAAACAAAUUCAUUUUCUGAAAGUAUAAGUACUCUAAAGUUUGCCGAGAGGGUUGCUGGAGUUGAGCUAGGGGCUGCAAAAACCAACAAAGAGGGCAGGGAUGCUAGGGAGUUAAUGGAACAGGUUGCAAUUCUCAAAGACACUAUAUCGAAGAAGGACAAUGAGAUUGAACGACUGCAUUUACUUAAAGAAAUCCAAGUUGAGAAGCAUGGGACACGCUCAUUAAGUUCUGACACUGAUUCCCAGCAGUCCAUGAAUGACCUUAAACACCAAAAUAAUAUACUCCGGCAAUCAAAGGUUGCCGGAGAUGAAAUAGGUCAGAAUAAAUCUGCGGGUGCUGAGAUGUUAGGAUUUGGAGAGGCAGAUUAUGAGGAGAAAUUAAGUGACUUAUCUGACGGUGGUCUUUCUGGUGGAACAGAAACUGAUGGCUCGGCUUCUGCUGACAGUUUGAGCUUUUCUGAUAGCACAAAAUCAGAAAGCUUAGAACAGUGA